UCCGCCUUCAAUCGAUAAUUACGUUAAAACAACCGUUCAAAUAUUGUUCAGCAACUGUCUAUCGAUAUGUCGAUACUUUGUUAACAUCAAAAGACACCAAAAAAUACCAAAGGUAUUGAAUUGAGCGCAUUUUACGACGCAUUCGCUAAAUGUUUUAAAUGAAUUCAAUUGAUGUUCGUAAAUGGAAAACGCGUCAACAGUAAGCAAAAGGCGCUCAUUAACGCUGAGCAGCAGAUUGCUGCACAAACGACACAGUGCCUCGCCGCAAAGUCGCGUUCGCGCCAGCGCAACACAGGAAACGGAGAGGGAAGCGGAGGGUUCGCCUGGUUCGCCAACGGUGACUGUGCGGGAUAGUGUGGAGAGCACGCCGCCGCACAGAACGAUGCACACAUUUGACGAUAGCAUUGAUUUCUCGCCACGCACAAGCCUGUCGCCCAGCUGCCUGUUCUCGCAGACGCUCGUCACGGGCAGCCCGGAGGUCAGCUGGCGCUGGAACUGCGAUAAUAAUGCGCGACACGGCGACAAGGUCAACACGACCUCGGACAGUGGCUUCGAUUCGGAAGAGUUUGGCCCAAAUGCUUACGGACACCGGGAGCGAAGAAAACUGGCGCGCGCGGAUGCAGCCAUUGAGCUGCGCCGCAAACAGCUGGACAAUCGACACUGGCGGGCACAGCAGAUACGCGAUAAUGAGCUGCUCAGGGAACGAUGCGACCAGCUGCACAGGCAGCUAGAUCAGCAACACAUGGAGCCUGCAACGCCGGAAGUUCCAAAGGCAGUUGAGGCAGUUGCAGCAGAUGCAUUGUCAGACUUUUUUAACGAUUCGGAUACGGAUUGCUUUUUGCUUGAGGCAACACAGCACCUGGAGUCAAAGCAGUCGCCGAAGCGGACGUCGUCUGUUGCCGCCACAACACCGACCAGUCAUCUGAAGAGGCACAAGGAGAAGCAGUCGUCAUUCUAUAUGAAGUUUUUGGAGGAUGAGAGCGAAAGUGAGGAUUGGUUCACCGCCCUCGACGAGGCCAUGCUGGAGGCUACUCAGCCCAAAAAGCCCCGUACCUCGCUGCAGCGUUACAACUCGAUGCCGAGUAAGACAGGCGCUGAUGUCACCGUCGGCCAUAAUGUUUCUAGCUGUGGCGUUGCCCCAAUUUCCGCUUCCUGUUCCACUUCCUCCGCCGCUGCAGGCGUUUCUAGCAUGUCAGAUACACCGCGCAUCAAGCGACACGCCAGUUCCCAUACCUUGUCGCCGGCCACUUCAACUGCGCGAGGCAAUCUUUUUGGCGGCAGGCGGAAAUGAAACUGCGACGCCCACAAUAAAAUGUUCCAACGGCUUCCCUUCAACCAGCAACAGAUUGUGAUGCGCAAAAAGUUGGCACUCUUCAAGUUUCGUUGGCCUUUUUGCUUUUCACCAUUGCUUCACAGACUGCGCAUACCUUAAUUAAAUGCAUACUUCUAAAGCUAUUUUGUAAAUUUAAGUGUAAGCUUGAUUAAACCUUAAUUGUAAUUUAAACUACAACUAAUUGCGUUGUUUACGGCCCGCUCACGCUAUCAACCAUAUGCUUUCGAUUAGUGAUUUAAAGAGUUGGGCUCAAUGCGGAAGGGCUGGGACCAUUGAGAGUCCCAUGGAGAUAAUUAAUUCAGUAUGAUCAGCUUUAAGUUCGUGGAUACGACUUAUGAUUAGU